GCAGCCUAUAAAGUUACCCGCAAAUAACCAUUUUAGGGUUUUAUUGCUGUAGCCACCCCAGAAUCCCAGAACACCGCCGACAGCCGCCAUGGGUCGUAUGCACAGUCGAGGCAAGGGUAUUUCAGCUUCAGCACUUCCGUACAAGAGAACUCCUCCAAGUUGGUUGAAAAUCUCCGCUCCUGAUGUUGAGGAUAAUAUAUGCAAGUUUGCCAAAAAGGGUUUGACACCUUCUCAAAUUGGUGUUAUUCUUCGUGAUUCUCAUGGGAUUGCUCAAGUGAAGAGUGUAACUGGUAGCAAGAUUCUCAGAAUUUUGAAGGCUCAUGGUCUGGCUCCUGAGAUUCCCGAGGAUCUCUAUCACCUUAUUAAGAAGGCUGUUGCUAUCCGGAAGCAUCUUGAGAGAAACAGGAAAGACAAGGAUUCCAAGUUUAGGUUGAUUCUUGUUGAGAGCAGGAUUCACCGACUUGCUCGUUACUAUAAGAAAACAAAGAAGCUUCCACCAGUCUGGAAGUAUGAAUCUACCACCGCAAGUACUCUUGUAGCAUAGAGAAGGUUCUGGCAUUGGAAAUGCAGCUUUUGCAGCCGAAAUCUGCCUCCAAAUUUCAAGAUUAAGUUUGGAACUGCCAGGGUGUUUAGCGAGAAAAGUUUUUGUCAAGAUGUUUGCGCUGAUAUAGUUUUCUGUUUUAAGUUGGUCUUCUGUACGCUUUUCUUUCAUUAAAUGUUUGUGAUAUAUUUAAGUCUUAGCGGCUUUUAUUUAAUCCUGAUCUUACCAAAGUUUUCAAAUUGCUAGAUA